AUGAACGCCUCCGCGAUUCGCUUCAUUUCAUUUUCAUCCAACUUGGGCGUGCCAGAGCGGGCUUCAGGGACAAACUUUGCCAGGAGGUCUUUCACCGUCUUGGCCGCAAUAGUUUGUGCAAGAGGUCGAGACACGCGUGUAUGCCCGUAUGCUCUUCUGAUCUCCACCCGUAUCAAUUUCUGUAUCUCUUUCUGGGAGGCCUCGAGUUGGAGUGUGGCUUUGUUGGGAUAGUCGUCCAGCAUCCACGCAACGAAAAGAUUUUUCUUCGGCGAUGCGUCUGCUCCAAGCUUCCCGCUCAUCUGAGCAAAGACACUGUCGUCCACGAACGCGGCCAAAGCCUGGGGAUCCAAGUGGCUGGACAUGUCCAUCUGCAGCAGCACAGCAGUACACAGUCAGCAAUGCGGCAGUAGUAUCAUGACGACGUUGGCAAGGGCGCGGGCAUGCCUGCUAGUCCCGGUGGGCGGUGGCGCUACAGGACAAGGCUUGGAGGGGAAAUGUGGAAAUGGCCGGUUGGAUUUUUCUUCCCUCAGUUUUGUACCAGAAACACGGUACCGCAUCUACGUGAUAUACAGUGCGCGCCGAAAUUAUAACCGCACCCCAAAAAUUAUUUUUUUAAACCAAUACGAUAGAAAACAGAUGCAACAAUCAGAAUCGAAAAAGCUGUAACCGUUUUUUUGCAAUGGACGAAAAACCGACUUUGGGUCGGGUCAAAAUUAUAGCCGCACCCGGUAAGCUAUCGGUAAGAUUGGUAACAAACUCGUGGAGAGCUGUUCCAAGCGUAAUAAAUGAACUAACUCCAUUGAACAGCUCGAAUAACGCCUACCGGUACAGUAAAGUGCGUCGAUAAGGAACGCCUGAUAUACAUUGAAAGAAAAAGGUAUAUUGAUAAUUAAAGGUUUGACUCGUCACAUGCAGACAGCAAAUGCACUGAUUUACUGCACUAUGUAGUUCAUGUCGGACUUCGCGACCAGAGUCUCGGCUUCGAGCCCACGCAGCCAACUCAGCAUAGGUAGCACCCGGUAGAUCACGACGGCGAUGACAGAUUAGCAGCGACUGAAGCUUGGUCAGACGUAGCCGCCUCUGGAACGGUCUGGAAGUGGCGGUCACCAUGGGAGUUGUGAGCAGCAGAGCGAAAGUUGGUUAAUGAGGCAUGCAGACAUGUACGUGGCGCGAUUCCCGCGCUCACAGCGAUCCUCAUGCUCAUGAUUCCCUCUCGCGACCUUUAGGUUCCAUUUCCCCCGACUUGGGAGCCGCUCCAUCCAGCCGCUCUUAAGGCUCGGUUUCGGAACUGUGAUUGGCGGAAUGUUAAACGGGACCGAAUGAUUGGUAGAAUCAUAUAACUAAUUCAGUACAAUUGGCACACAAUGGGUACAAGCGAGGAUUCAUGUCUUGUCGUAGAAUAUAAAAUGUCGCCCGUUCCUUAUCGACGCACUUCACUGUAGUAAGCUGCUCAAAUAAGGUUAAGCUGACGCGGUUGAUAAGAUUCAAUGGAGACACGCACUAUCUUGAAUUUGUAUAGAAGAGUGGUGUUUGACAGUGUGGAGAGGUCUAUACUCGUAAGUUGAGGCUGUCAGCUGACUAGUGUCUUCAUUGGCGUCUAUUCAACAUGGUAGCGAUGCUGGGCUUGCUCAGUUCAGCAACAUGUACCAGAAAACUCGAUCGAUUUUUUUCCGGGUCAAUACAAAUCCUUUAUACUUGAUGUUUGUAUUGGAAAGCACCGCCAAACCCAGUCACAAAUUUCAAUCAAGUCUAGUCCCGUACAGUGCGUAGUUUGGUAAAUACAUGGCUACGUAUCAAAAGUAGAGUAUUUCUUCCUGAAAAUAAUGCCCGAGUUUUGCUUCCAGAAUCCUCCUAGUGUUGUCUCGGAAGUCCGGCCAAAUUGCCACCAAGUGUUUAGUGCGCUUUAUGGUAUUAAUAAAUGUGCGAACAAUAACUUCGGCGAUGCGGUACAUACCAUAGGUAAGAUACGACCACACGGGCCGCAUCGGCCCCAGCCGGGCGGCGUCCUGCCUGUGUCGUCCAGCUCCAAGCUCGAGAACAUCCGCGCCGGCAAGAAGAUCGUCACGCGCGAAGGACGCAUGGAGCCCGUGCCGCCGCGCGCGCUCGAGACGAGCGAGAUCCCGGGCAUCGUGGCGGACUACCGCUCGGCCGCGGAGAACGCCAUCAGCGCGGGCUUCGACGGCGUCGAGCUGCACGCCGCCAACGGCUACUUGCUGGAGCAGUUCCUGCACGACGGCAUCAACGACCGCACCGACCAGUACGGCGGCAGCGUCGAGAACCGCGCGCGCUUCCUGUUCGAGGCACUGGAGGCCAUCCUCGAGAGUCUGGACUCGUCCAAGGUGGGCAUCCGACUGUCCCCGUUCGGCGGCAGCUUCGGCGACAAGGACUCGGACCCCAUCGCCACCUACACGUACGUGCUGAACAGGCUCAACAACUACGACCUGGCCUACGCGCACCUGAUCGAGCCGCGUGGCUACCACGUGCGCAACCCGCUGGCACCCGAGAAGGGCUCGGCGCGGCAGUUCCGCGAGACGUACAAGGGCGUGCUCCUCGCCGCGUCGGGCUUCGACCGGCAGUCGGCCGUGCAGAUCGUGGAGGAGGGCGCGGCCGACGCCGUGGCCAUCGGCCGCCACUUCAUCUCGAACCCGGACCUGGUGCGGCGCUUCCAACUCAACAAGCCCGUGAACGACUACGACACGGACACGUUCUACCUCGGCGACGCGCGCGGGUACAUGGACUAUAAUACCCGUUCCUAGGUAGAGCAGUAAAGACGACGUAGACAGCAAAAGACGUGCUACUUCCGUAAGACUGCAAGGUGAAGCGUACUGGAGGUGGCUGCGUACUCUCAAGUAAAACAAAUUGUUGGUAGUUAAAACUAGUUGCUGCAGGCACCAGGCACGUACUGUUACUGCCUCGGUGUGGGCUUGGGCGUCUUGUUGGAUCACUUGGCGCGUUUAGUGGGACGGCUUCUUCACCCUCUUGGUUUUCACGUGCUCGUUUCUUGGAUGUUUCCGUCUCGCCACCUUGAUCGCCUAGUGGCCCUCACCACUGCCACCAACGUCACUCUCAGCGUCACUCUUCUUCCUUGUCACCCGGCGCGUACGCUAGUGCUUUACGGGCGUUCUGCAACAACUUGUCGCGCGUCGCGGUAAGCGACAACUUCGCAUACGAACUAACGUCCUUGUUUCGUUUUUCAUCUUCAUCGCGAUAGUCCAGGUCGCCCUCCACAAGCCCCAGCGGGUCAUACUGAGACUCCACCAUGUUUGAUAGAAUGGAAGCUACGCCGUCGCUCAGGAACGGGUAGGUGACCCUGUUGAGUAAACGGAGGCAGAUCGUGAAAACAGGAUCCUCCUCCGAGACACUCGACACACUUGAGACGCCAGGAUUGCUCUCGAUCUUCGCCCGCUUCUUCGCCUGACUCCCGAUCGUCUGACUCUCCUCCUUCACCUCAGAGGCGUUGCCUUUCUUCUUGGGCUUAAGAUUGUCUUUCAUUGUCGUGGCAUAGAUGAACUUGCCGUCACGCGUUCUACCGCGCACAUUCAUGUAGAUGCGAAUGGUAUCACGGACAUCCGUGGAGCUCAGCGGGUUCGGAUCCCCACCAAUUUCACCGGUAGAUUUCCCCGCUGACGAGUUCCCAUCACUGUUCUUUCCGAACACAGACCAGGGGCAUAGUUUCUCCGUCGCUGCCCUGGAAAACCCACCAUCGACUGGGAAACGAUUCUUCACUUGAAUCAACAUCAUCAACACCUCAUGCUCCUCUUGUUCACCCCUCGUAGUCUCCCCACCGACUGGCCUGCUGUUGGAUCUCUUCUUAAACAUCGGGAUCAACAAAUCGGCUCCAUACUGGUUACGGGGGAAAAUACCUGCAGCCUGAAAGCGUGUCCUCAUUCGGCUCGAGCUGCAACUGCACAAAGUGGGUGAACCCCACGUACCAACCAUCCCACUUCGAGCACCACUCGUUGAAUUCUGGUCUCUUAUCUUCCGCGUUGUACAUCCCCUUACAAUAUAUCGACAUCUCCUCGUGGCCUGUUAGCACGUUCAAGAAAUCCUGCACCGGUACAAAUUGCCCGAUCGUAUGGUAGCACUGGGAAAAAUCUUUGUCCCCCAUCACACACGUGUCCAUCGCUAGAAGCAGCAGAAUGCGAGCAACCAUCUCGCCAAUUUCGCCAACUCCACCAGUGUCCAACGCUUCAUCCAAAAGGAGGUUCUUGAGUUGCGGCAGGAUAUACUUUGCCAGACCAUAUUUCAGUUCAUACCACACUUUCAUCGCUCCUAAGGCGAGCACUGGGUCCGAAGCGUAGCUGGUGACGUAACCCUCUCGUUUGAAGUUCACAUACGCGAGAAUCGCCAUGAAGUCAGCGGGGGCCCGAGAUGCCAAAGCCGACGUCGAAUGCGGUCGAACACCCAGUCGACAAAGCAUGGAGGCGACACCAAACAUGGUAUCCUUGUUGUACGCAUUUUGCGAAGGGGGAAUCCCCAGUAGCAGUUUAUUCGCC